AUGCCUCCUUCACCUUCAUACCAGCCGCCCGAGUCUCCGUCCAACGAUUCCGACUCCGACCUCGACCUCGACAUCCAAGAGCUCGACCCCAUCUCAACAGAGCCAGCUCGAGAGCUGCAGCAAAACCCCCCGGCUGAAGAACAGAGGGCGUCAAGGAUAGCUCUAAGGAACUUGCGUAUGGGUGGGCUGCGGCGCACAAAGCGAGAUAGUGGAUAUGGAGACCUCGGUCGGAAUCGCCAAGACUCGGACGAGCUUGAGCAACAAAACCUAAUAGGAGAUCACGAUGAAGCUCGGCAUCCAUGGUCGGAAGCCGGCGGGAGCGGGGAGGACGAUGCGCCGUUGCUGGGAGAUCAGGGUUCGCCGAGUCGAAGACCGCCGCCAACUGGGCGCUUUGGCUCCAUACGUCGACUACUGCCAAGCUUCAUGUCAUGGAAGAAGCCCAAGGACAAGGAACCAGAAGAGCAGGAAGAAGACGAUCCGUUAUCUGCACGAAUGAUUGCAGUGGGCUCCAUCCAAACCUCUCGAUUCCCGACCAACAUUGUUUCCAAUGCCAAGUACACGGCGUUUACCUUUCUUCCCGUUACUCUGUACAACGAGUUUUCCUUCUUCUUCAACAUGUAUUUCUUGCUGGUCGCAUUAUCACAGAUAAUACCAGCCCUUCGGAUCGGUUAUUUGUCAACCUAUAUUGCCCCACUGGCUUUUGUUCUUUGCAUUACCAUGGGCAAAGAGGCAUACGACGAUAUUGAUAGACGGAGAAGGGAUAACGAGGCAAACUCAGAGGAGUACCACGUACUGCGAUUUUCAGAACCGGGGAAUUUCACCAGAAAUAGUAAGCCGCGCAGGCCGUUAAGGUCAGAGACGAUCAGGCGCAAAUCUCGAAAAGUACAAGGCGAACGGCAUGACCUCACCGACAUCCAGGAGGAUAAUGAGGAUGGAGAUCAGCCGACUUCUGUUGUUGAAGAAAUAAGUCGCAAGUCAAAAGACCUGCGAGUUGGAGACGUUCUCAAACUUACCAAAGGGCAGCGAGUUCCAGCUGAUGUGGUAAUCUUGCAAUGUCACUCUACCGAGGGGACUACAACUAACCCAUCAGCGGACGAAGCCACCGAGCCAGAGGAGGAAGAGACGCUGCUUGCAUUUGAAGAGGGAGAAUCUAGCUCUAGCGCCAAAGGAAAAGCACCUGAGCCAAUACCAUCUCAGAACGAUCAUGCAAACAGCGGUCCUUCUGGAGAAACAUUCAUCAGGACUGACCAGUUGGAUGGAGAGACGGAUUGGAAGCUCAGAUUAGCCUCACCGCUAACCCAAAGUAUUUCUCUGGAAGAAUUUGUCCGCCUACGCAUAACAGCUGGCAAACCCGACAGGAAAGUCAACGAAUUCGUCGGGACGGUUGAGCUGAUGCCCACUAGACAGGCUGCGACCAGCCAGCAAGCCCUGGCUGACAAUGAGGGCAGCAGUGAUUCCAAGUCGGCUGCGCUCUCCAUCGACAAUACGGCUUGGGCGAAUACCGUCAUUGCAUCUCAGGGUACCACUUUUGCAGCCAUACUAUAUACUGGUCCGCAAACUCGAUCUGCAUUGUCUACCUCUCCCUCCCGCUCAAAAACUGGGCUUUUGGAAUAUGAGAUCAACUCGUUAACAAAGAUCCUUUGCGCUCUCACGCUUGCCUUGUCCGUCAUACUGGUGGCUCUGGAAGGCUUUGAAAAGAGUGGCGAAAACGCUUGGUACAUCAAAAUUAUGCGAUUUCUGGUCUUGUUCUCAACCAUCGUUCCAAUCAGCCUCCGAGUAAAUCUGGACAUGGGCAAAAGCGCAUUUUCACGGUUCAUACAGCGAGAUAAAGGUAUUCCAGGGGCGGUCGUUCGCACGAGCACCAUCCCAGAAGAUUUGGGGCGAAUAGAGUAUCUCUUGAGCGACAAAACUGGCACACUAACUCAGAAUGACAUGGAAAUGAAGAAGAUUCACAUCGGAACGGUUUCAUAUGCCAACGAAGCCAUGGACGAAGUCCAGUCAUAUGUUCGCCAGGCCUUUUAUAUCCAGCCCACCACCGAUCCCGCGUCUCAGAGUGUUCUCAUUACUCCAUCUUCCGCCAUGUCCAACACGGUCAACAUAGGAGCUACUCGUACACGGCGAGAAAUUGGUUCGCGUGUGCGAGAUGCCGUCCUUGCGCUCGCGCUCUGCCACAAUGUUACGCCAACGUCAGAGAUUGAAGACGGCAAAGAGGUGACCUCGUAUCAGGCGUCGUCUCCAGAUGAGAUUGCAAUUGUUCGAUGGACCGAAUCUGUAGGCCUCAAACUGUCAUACCGUGACCGCAAAGGAAUGAUGCUAGAGUCGACGGAGACUGGAAGGCCUGUUGUCCGUGUACGAAUACUUGAUGUUUUCCCAUUCACAUCCGAAGGCAAGCGCAUGGGAAUCGUCGUUGAAUUCCUCGAAAACGUGCACGAUGCCAACCCCGGCCUUGGCAAUGGCGAGAUCUGGUUCUAUCAAAAGGGCGCAGACACCGUCAUGAGCCCGAUUGUGGCGGCAAACGACUGGCUUGACGAAGAGACGGCUAACAUGGCGCGCGAGGGAUUGAGAACUCUUGUUGUUGGGCGGAAGAAGCUUUCACAUCAGCAGUAUCAAGAGUUCGCUUCUCAGUACCACGAGGCUUCUCUUUCCAUCACAGGACGCGAUGCGGGAAUGCAGCGGGUUGUCUCGCGCUAUCUUGAGAGCGACUUGGAACUGCUGGGUGUGACUGGUGUUGAGGAUAAGCUGCAAAAAGACGUCAAGCCCUCGCUGGAACUGCUGCGAAACGCUGGUAUCAAAAUCUGGAUGCUCACUGGUGACAAGGUCGAGACGGCAAGGUGCGUGGCCAUUAGCUCGAAGUUGGUCGCACGAGGCCAGUACAUCUACACUGUCCAAAAGCUCAACAGAAAGGACAACGCCCAGGAGCAUCUGGAUUUUUUGCGAAGCAAAACGGAUGCCUGCUUACUGAUUGACGGAGAGAGUCUCGCAUUGUUCCUGACUCACUUCCGCAUCGAGUUUAUUUCCAUUGCCGUUAUGCUACCCACCGUGGUUGCCUGUCGAUGCUCGCCCACACAGAAGGCUGAGGUGGCGAAGCUCAUCCGCGAGUACACGAAGAAGCGGGUUUGCUGCAUUGGCGAUGGUGGUAAUGAUGUUUCCAUGAUUCAGGCCGCCGACGUGGGAGUUGGUAUCGUUGGCAAAGAGGGCCGGCAGGCUAGUUUGGCGGCCGACUUUUCUAUUGAGCAGUUUUGCCAUCUGGUCAAAUUGUUGGUUUGGCAUGGGCGAAACAGCUACAACCGCAGUGCAAAACUAGCCCAAUUUGUCAUUCAUCGUGGUCUCAUUAUUGCGGUCUGCCAAACUAUGUAUAGCAUAGCGUUGAAGUUUCAGCCCGAGGGAUUGUACAAGAAUUGGUUAAUGGUUGGUUAUGCCACUGUCUAUACUGCGGCUCCCGUCCUAUCACUCGUACUAGACAAGGACGUGGAUGAGGACCUGGCAAAUUUGUACCCCGAGCUUUACAAGGAACUCACUUCUGGCGCUUCUCUGUCCUAUCGUACAUUCUUCGUGUGGGUAUUCGUGUCAGUCUACCAGGGCGGCAUGAUCCAGGGCCUCUCACAGAUCCUCACAGAAGUAGACGGCCCGAGAAUGGUUUCCGUCAGCUACACGGUCCUCGUGCUCAACGAGCUUCUCAUGGUGGCCAUUGAAAUCACGACGUGGCACCCCAUCAUGAUUUUCAGCAUUGUGGGGACAUUUAUCUUUUAUAUUGGAUCGCUGCCGUUUUUGGGAGACUAUUUCGACCUCGCAUUUUUAAUUACUUGGGGAUUUGUCUGGCGCGUGUUGGCCAUUGGAUCCAUCUCUUUGAUCCCACCGUAUGCAGGAAAGUUAAUUAGGAGGACGAUGAAGCCGCCUUCGUAUAGAAAGGUGCAGAACAGGUGA